AUGGCUGACAAAGGCAAAAAGGGCAAAGCCGGGGCCGCACCUGCACCAGCGACACCAGCACCGGCAGCCGCAGGAGAGCCUGAGGCGGCCCCUCCUCCAGGCGACAGCGACAAGCCUGCGGAGAAGAAAGAGAAGAAAAAGUCGGAGCAGCCCAAGGAUGAAGUGGGAACGAGGAAGGGGUGUCGCCGUUACAAGUGGGAAUUCAAGGACAGCAAUAGAGAGUUCUGGGUUAUGGGGCACGCUGAGGUCAAGCUCAUUAGCUUGGGCUGCCUAAUAGGUUCUCUGAUAAUGUUCACGGGGACCACUGUGCAUCCCCUCCUGACACUCAUCAUCACCAUGGAGUUGUCCAUCUUCAUCUUCUUCAUCAUUAUCUACACCUUCGCCAUCAACAGAUACAUGCCCUUCAUCCUGUGGCCCAUUUCUGACCUUCUUAACGACCUGUUUGCCUGUGGUUUCCUUGCGAGCGCCGCAGCCUUUGCUGUGAGAAGUCGGCAAACCAUGCCAAUGCACUACAUUUAUGGUGUGGUCCUUAUUGGUGUGGCUGCACUUUUUGCUUUAAUCGAUAUUUGUCUUCAAAAGAAACACUUCAAAGGAAAGAGAAUCAAAAGGAAUGUGCUGAUUCCUCCAGGAAAGGAUAAAGAGGGUGAAAAGCCAAAGGAAGGUGAAAAGCCAAAGGAAGGUGAAAAGCCAAAGGAAGGUGAAAAUCCAAAGGAAGGAGAAAAACCAGGGGAAGCAGACAAGAAGAAGGCAGGGGCAGCACCGCCUGCAAAGGGAGGCAAGAAGUGAGACGACGGCGUCUGUGAUCGGAAGUGACAGUGUAUCUUACCACAAAACAUGUGUCCACUGUCUAACUUGU